AUGGCUGAAUGGGAAAAACUAUUACGUUAUUUCCCCGCAUACCGAAAAUAUGAUGAAUUCAAUCGUGUCACUGCUACGCAUGACGCGAAGGAAAUCUGUGAAAAACAAGGGAUUCAGGAUGAGAAUGCUAAAGCUUUUUGUGAACGAGCAGUAACUAUCUUAAAAGAAUUACAUAAUAAUGACAAUGACAGAAACCGUAUCGAUAAAUGCGUUUAUUUCCAGCAUUGGUUCAGUGAUCAGGUAAGGAAAAAUUUUAGUAAUAAUGAUAAGUAUUUCAGUAAUUAUGAACUUUCAAAUAAUCUUUUUGAUGUUAUAAACAAUGUUAAUUAUGAUGAAAAGAUUUAUACCGAACGUAGAUGCUAUGCUUCUCGUAAUGCGGGAAAUGUUAAGGCUGAGAAAGAUUUGCACGAUUACUUCAGAAACUUUAACAGUAUUAAUUGUGUAAAUAAAGAAAAGGCUACAUGCGAAAGGUAUUAUGACUACGUUAAGUAUAUUAAUGAUAUAUAUAAGCAACGUAAAGAAAAUAACUUGUGUUGUUACUUAGUUGGUGAUAUUGUGGAGCCUGAAUGUAGACAUUAUUUUGAUUGUAAAGAUCAAUAUAAUCCCAAAUAUCUAAUGGAUAGGUUAAAAAGAGAAAUUAAACAAGUAGAAGAUGCAGAAAACAGAGGAACAACCUGGAGUGGAGAAUCAAGUCGACACUUUGCCGUUCAAGAGGAUAACUAUAUGAGCAAUUAUGACAUGCCUGUAUUUACAAACUUUACACCCCAGGAUUUUCACACACUGAAUGAAAGUUUAUUACGAACACGUAGAUUGCACAACGGCUUUAUACUUGCUGGAAUGGUAGGAGUAUUUCUCGGAUUAUUAUUUUACAUUAAAGUAAGCAAAAUUACAUAUAAAUGUAUGAAUUGUUCAUAA